UAAAGGGGUUAACGAUAUCGAUCUGCAAAAGGCGCUGCGUCUAUCCCUGUCUGUGACAUCAUGCGCCAUGGCCCAUGUGAUCAUAUUUACAAUCAUGGCAGACAUGAGGUGAACACAAUGGUUAUUAGGGUAAUGCAUUACUUUAAUUAUUUGCUGUUUGAUAUUAAGAUCAAGCCCAAGAAUGCAUCUAAAAGAAAAAUAGUUGGCUGGAAAAAGCCUAGAAAACGGUACAUUAUGGACAAGAAAAGGAUUGUUCGAAGAGUUAUGUAAAAACCUAACACAAAGAUGGUCAAAACAGGAUAUAAUGCAAUAUCGCGCUUGGCAUCCCUGCUCGGUUUUUGUUGCAAAGAUGUGACUACCAUGACUGAAAAUAAUACUCCUAUAGAUGUGACAGUUUUACCAGUACCUGUGGAAUCCAUGCUUUAUUACUAUGGCAGCAUAUCGAGGGAGACUGCUGAGUGGAUCCUGUGGGACCGAGGUUGUCGGGAUGGCAUGUACCUAUUGAGGGAGAGCAAUUCUGAUUAUGUGUUAUCACUCUGUUUCCAAAAAAGUGUUCUUCAUUACCGAAUCAAGAAACUCAGUAGUGGAGAAGUUGGACUGUGUGGCGUGCCUCGACAGAAAUUUGCCGGGCCUGUUGAACUGGUUCAGGGUGUGGAAGGUCUUGCAUGUAAACCUACCUUGCCUUGCAACAAAUCUCUAGAUUCUGUCCUUCCACUGACACACUGGGGAGUGACGGAGGAAACGAUCAGAAAAGCAAUACUGAAAAAGGCCAAAGAAUGGGGCAUUGAUGAGGAUAAACUGGACACAAGUUUGACUGAAAAUUACAGUGAUAUCAAAUUACUUAUUACAAAGACUUUACAUGAAGUACAGCCGUGGUUUCAUGGCCCCCUUUCUCGGAUUGAGGCUGAGAGAAGUAUUGAAGAGAGUGGUCACAAAGAUGGAAAGUUUUUGGUUCGUGAAAGAGAUGAUAGUAGUUAUGCUUUGUGCUUGAGCCAUUCUGGACGCAUAAAGCACUAUAAAAUCGAUGUGCUACCUUCUGGUGAAUUUGCAAUUCAAGAUGGACAGAGGUUCCCUAGCAUAAUGGCUCUUGUGAGUCAUUACACAUUGUUCAGUGAUGGGUUGUGGUGUUCUUUGCAAGAUCCAUGUGUUGUGCCACCUCGUAGAUCAAAUGAAAAUUCAUCUCAGUCCAGAUCACGCAGUUCUGAAGGAUCUCAGUUAACUGACAGUAGAACUAGUAAUGCUCAUCAGACAAGUUCUAGCAGUGGGACACUUGAACGCAACAAAAGUUCAACCCUAAGGCAGAAUCAAGGACCAACUAAUGCUGAAGGUGGGUCACCACCUUCGAAAGCUAGUCGCUUCCUAAGCAGCUUGAAUCAACGUAAAUUAUUUUCCAAAAUAUUUUCAUCUGUAGCUCCUCAAUUUUCUUCUCAGACCUUACCGCAGAAUGCAAGUAAUCCAAGUCCAUCCACUUCUCAUGUGCGUUCUUGUUUGUAUCCAUCUCUCAGUGAUGAUAACUUAGAAGGUGGAGACCUGACACGAUCUGUGCAUGCACGAAUAUCACCAGAGUUGGUCAGUGGUCAUCCCUCAACCCCACCUACAUGUUCUAGAAAGAGCUCCUUGUCUUCUGCAGCCAGUGAUGUAACUUUUAAAGACAGGAAAAAAAGUAAUAUUCAAAAAGCUUCUAGUUUUGAUUUUCUGCCUGCCUUUUUGUCAUUAUUCAUUUAUGGGGAUGGAACUGUAGCUUCAGAUAAAAAGAUAAAAAAGAACACUCCUGAAAUAGGCCACCGGAAAAAGCUUGAAAAGGAGAGAGGUAGUGACAGUCACGCAAGCUGCAAUGGUACAGCAGUUCAUAGUUUGUCUAGAAAUGCUGUAGAGGAUGCUAAAAAAUCUCAUAAAUCUAUUCCAAUACCUGCACCUCGUUUAUCAUUAGCAAAGAAAGUUUGUAAAAAAAGUGGACCAGUCUAUGCUAAUCGGGAAGCACUGGCCACCACUGGGCGAUCCAUUAGUCUUGGAGAAAAUACAUCAAGUCCUUUAAUGGAAAGAAAUGAAUCCAUCAAAACAGUUCAGAAUGGGUUGCCCAUUCCUCAGCCGUUUAUCCGAAGUGCCUCUUCUCCGUCUGUUGUUUCACAUUCAAAAACUAGGCCACAGCUGCCAACUCCACCGACUCGGCUCUCAACCUCAGAAGGAGGGAGCUGUGAACCCAUCAUUUCAUGCAUAACAGUAAUUGAUGAGAGUUGUAGAGCUUCUUCAUUGAAUGGGCAGUUGAACUUACAAAGUCUUUCACAGCCAGUGCCAAAACCCAGGAAGAAGCUCCCAGUUGUGGAAGGCAGGACGGAAACUAGCUGUGACUCAUGUGCCUCUGUAGACAGCAGCACUUCUCCUACACUUACAGAAAUAUCGGAAUUUGGGCAAGAGUCAUUUAAUGAAGAUAUUUUCCCAAGUGAUAUCAUGCCAGAUGAAAAGGAUGUGAUUCAAGAAACUGUGCCAUUUUCUGAGACAGAGCUAAGUUCACAUUGUACAACUGUUGAGUGUCAAGAAACUGUAGAUAGCAUGGAGCUAAGUAUUUCUGAAAGUGCAUCUCCAAAUAUAUCCUCACAGCCUGAUCCUGAUUACAGGAUCACUGUGCAGUCAAAUACUUGUACAGAAGAGAAAAAUACACUUCCUUAUGAUUUGGAUAAAACAUUACCAUGUGACAGCUCUGUUUAUGCAACUCUUAGUGGUAGCAGUGAUGUUAUAUGUUUGCUUAGCAAUGAUGUUCCGUCGCCACCGUCUUCCACGCCUACAGUUCAUUGUCCUGAAGGUAUUUUGAUUGAUAUAGAUAUUAGUGAUAAAAAUACUCUGUCCAGGGAAGAAUCUGAUUUGGCUUAUCUCACAUUGAGACAAUGUAGAAGAGGUCCUAUAAACCUGGAUCAGAAGUCAAUAGAUUUGAAAGAAAAAAUUGGUACUGGACUAUUUUGUGAUGUUUUUAGAGGAGUAUUUUCUUCUGGGCCAGUGGAAGUGCAAUUUGCAAUAAAGAUGCUUAAAAGCAACAGUGUGCCUAAUCCUAAAAGUGAAAUCCUGAAAGAAGCUCAAACUAUGAUUGCCCUUGAUCAUCCGCACAUAGUGAGAUUAAUCGGUGUCUCUGACUGUAGUUCAUUUAUGUUAGUUACAGAACUUGCUCCUUUGGGUCCCCUUGGCAAAUACCUGCGAGCUCACAGAGAGAUAAAUGUCUCAGAAAUUCUUUUACUGAUGCUUCAAGUAGCUUCAGCAAUGGAGUAUUUAGAAAGCAAACAGUUUGUUCACAGGGAUUUAGCUGCAAGAAAUGUGCUUUUGGUUAAUGAAAGCUUUGUAAAAAUUAGUGAUUUUGGAAUGUCAAGAGCUUUAGGUCUUGGGAAAGAGUAUUACAGAGCAGAAAGUGCUGGCAAAUGGCCUUUGAAGUGGUAUGCUCCUGAAUGCAUUUAUUACUUUAAGUUCAGUAGCAAAUCUGAUGUAUGGAGUUAUGGUGUCACUCUUUGGGAAUCACUGUCAUAUGGAGAGAAACCUUACCAGGGAAUGAUUGGUAGAGAUAUACUGAAAAUGUUUGAACUUAAUGAGCGAUUGGCAAAACCUGAAUCUUGUCCAGAUUCAGUGUACAGUUUGAUGCGAAAGUGCUGGCAAUACAAAGCCGAAGACCGGCCAUCUUUUCCUGAAGUCUCUGCAAUGCUACGGGAUUGCAUUGGAUCCAGCUUAUAAAAGUGCACUUGCCAGUCUACUCGGUUCACUUGCUUUUUACAUGUCCAGUAAACAAACAUUACUGGUUUUCUAUAUCUCACUCUCAGGUAACUCAUUCAGCAUUGGGGAGUUCUCUCUCUGUCUUUUUCUGUCUGGACAUUCCAUCUGAUGCUGCAUUAUUGGCCAUACAUUCAUUUUAUCAAUGUGCAAUGUGACUGUAGUCCUAAUACUAUUUUUGUGGUAUGUACAGUUUUUCAUUACAUAUGGAAGAAAUUUGUAAGAAAAUGUUUGUUAAGAAAGCAGUAAUUGUAUAUAUGUAUAAGAACCUACUCUGUGGUAGGGCAAAUGUCUGGGACAUAACUUGCCCUCCUCUGCUUUCAAAGCCAACAGAAUUUGUUGAUGCUCUAGUCAUUAGAACCAGCCAUUUUUUUACCUUCAUUGUCUGUUUAUUGAAAGAUGUGUUUAUCAUGAGAAAUUAUUUUCAAUUAUUUCAUUAUAUGUGUUUUUUUAUUCAAAAGAAAAAUAAAAGUGACCAAAAGCUUUAUGGA